CUGGACAACAGUCUUAGAUCAGGUUUAUUAGAGGCAUUGUGAUAAAAAGCGCUGGGCUUACCACUUUUAACUGAUGUUCUCAGUUCUCUUCAGUCGACGUCUGAACAGCCUGAAUAACCAGAAAGAUGACAGACACUGAUGACAAAAAGCUGGAAGAAGGCCAAACAGAGGCUGAAUAUGGAGGCUGUGAGGGACCAAAUGCUAUGUAUGUCAAGCUGAUAUCCAGUGAUGAUCAUGAAUUCAUAAUCAACAGGGAUUAUGCCUUGACAUCAGGAACAAUCAAAGCCAUGUUAAGUGGUCCAGGCCAGUUUUCAGAGAAUGAAACCAAUGAAGUUUACUUCAGAGAGAUUCCUUCACAUGUGCUGGCCAAAGUGUGUACUUAUUUCAUGUACAAAGUACGAUACACCAACAGCAGCACAGAAAUUCCAGAAUUUCCCAUUGCCCCAGAGAUUGCACUGGAGUUGUUGAUGGCUGCCAAUUUUCUGGAUUGUUGAUUUUUUCAGAUGAGUGUCUUUGGUAUAGAUUGUUAUGGUUUGCCAAGCUGUUUUUGCAUGACUUGUAUUGCUAUUAUAAUCCUAACUGAUAUUCCAUUAGUAUCCUUAUUGGUAUUAUGCACAUAUUUUUAUCUUUAAAUGUUUACCUCUUUAUAUAACUCCCCAACAGAAACCUACAAUUGACAUAACAUUGUGUUACAAUUUGGUGGUAUGGACACAAACCUAUAAAUACCCUAUUUCCUCAAAAUAACUUCAUUAACUGCAGUCUCAAUUGAUCUUUUAUGUAAUCAUCUUCUACUGAUCAAGGCAAACAGACAGGUUAAAGUUGAUAAGGAAGGUUAAAACAAAUCAUUUUAGGUGCAGUAUUACCCAAAUAACUGGUAUGAUCAUGAAAUUACAUUCUAUUUUCUGUUUCAAUUUACAUGUUUGUUUGAUUACAAGGGAGUGAAAUUUUCAUUUAUAUUUAAAUAUAACCAUUACAAGAGCCUUUUUCACAUAUGAGAUUUACUGUGCAAAUUUUUUUAAAAACUGCUUUAAAAUGAUAACUAUACAUAAGUCACUAUCAUAAGUGUAAAAUUACAAAAACACAUUUUAUAUUGAUGUACUUUUUGUUAACUUUGUUGGCUCGAUAAGUGAACCAAGGAUAACCUGACUUGUUUUUGUAAAAUUUCUGUGAGAAAUGCUCCAAAGAAAAACAAUAAAGGGUCAUAAAAAGUAAUUUUAA